GCUCCUGGAACUUGAGUUAUAGAUGAUUGUUAGCCACCAUGUGAGUGCUGGUAACUGAACCUGGGUCCUCUGGAAGAGCAGCCAGUGCUCUUAACCACUGAGCCAUGUCUUCAUUAGAUUUUUUAUAGCAGUGUCCAAGUUAGGAACUUUGAAUCGAAGUUAGUGUGUUUGAAUCCAUAUGUCAGAAGGGAUGACAUCAACUCUACUUUCAGGAAGCAUCAGAUCCAAGGGAUGGAUUGAGCAGCUUGACUGAAGUUCUGAGACACACAAGCAGCAGGACUAAGGUUCAAACAAAGGCCAUGCAAUCCUAAUCCAGUUAUUGCUAUACUUAGCGAAAGAAGACAGGACAGGUGGAACUGGGCAGCAGAAUGGAAAUAAUGUGCCUAAUUGAGAAGUACUUAGAGAAUAUUGUGAAUAUUAUUCACAUUCAUGUUCUUCAUAGCAGGCAUUAAAUUGCCUUCUACUAUUUGUGCAGGAAAAAGUUAUGGGAAGUUUCAACACCAGUUUUGGAGAGGACUUCCUUCUGGUGGGCUUCUCAGAUUGGCCUCAGCUGGAACUCAUCCUUUUUGUCUUCAUUUCCGUUUUCUACUCUCUAACUCUGCUUGGCAACACCACCAUCAUUGCUCUCUCGCAACUGGACUUUCGACUGCACACACCCAUGUACUUCUUCCUCUCCCACCUCUCCUUCCUGGACCUCUGCUACACCACCAGCACUGUGCCCCAGCUCCUGGUCAACCUUCAUGGACUUGACAAGACCAUCAGCUAUGGUGGGUGUGUGGCUCAGCUGCUCACAUCCCUUGCCCUGGGCUCCACUGAGUGUGUGCUCUUGGUGGUGAUGGCCUUUGACCGCUACGCUGCUGUGUGUCGUCCACUCCACUACACAACCAUCAUACACCCCUUUCUUUGCCAGGUAUUGGCUACUGCUUCAUGGGCGGGAGGCUUCUUGAACUCUCUGAUUCAGACAGGCCUCAUGAUGGCCAUGCCUCUCUGUGGCCACCAACUGAAUCACUUCUUCUGCGAGAUACCUGUUCUCCUGAAGUUGGCCUGUGAGGACACAGGGGGAACAGAGGCCAAGAUGUUUGUGGCAAGAGUCACAGUCUUGGUUUUUCCUGCAGCUCUAAUUCUAGGCUCCUAUACACACAUUGCAAGGGCAGUGAUGAAGGUCAAGUCAGUGGCUGGGCGCAGAAAGGCUUUUGGAACCUGUGGAUCCCACCUCACUGUGGUUUCUCUUUUCUAUGGCUCAGCCAUCUACACGUACUUACAACCCAAGGACAGUUAUUCUGAAAGUGAGGGAAAGUUUGUGGCCCUCUUUUAUACUAUCAUUACUCCCAUGCUCAAUCCUCUGAUUUACACCCUGAGGAACAAGGAUGUGAAGGGGGCUCUGUGGAAGGUGCUGGGGAGAGGCAGAGAUGCAGGGUAGGGAGGGAAAGCAGGGCCACUACAGUUUUCUGUGGUAGC